UGACACAGCAUGUUCUGACACAGUAUUCCAAUUCGAUUGGGUAAAGAAGGGAAGCCCAGCUUAGCCAUUGGCACCCUCGCACGGCCCGAACUACGCACGGACACGGUCUCUUGUGGCAUGGUAUCAAGGGCAGGCAGGCAUGAAGGAAGCGCGCAUGGUGCGAGGAACAGCUCCAUGCGCACGCAUCCCAGCGCCUGCUUCGCUCAAGAGUCUGCUUCGCUCUUUACCCCGCUCAUUCCUGGGCACUUUGAUUUGUUCCUUUUCCACUUACCAGCAUUUUUAUUCCUGCACAAGCGCUUGUCACGUCACGACCAUGAUGACCUGCAUGAGCGACCCUUUCAACAGCUGGCAAUAUCCCUGUCUCCUUGUCUCGUAUUGUCUUAAUGUCUCAUCACUUAUCCGGGUUUGCGCAUCCAAGGGGAUGCAAAAGGUGUUUCUUCGGUGGCUAGGCUGGCUGGAAUCUAUCACGGCAACGUAUGGCCCUGGAAUCUCUGGAAUGGAUGUAUGCACGGGCUGCACAUGGAGCAUUGGUAACAAAAACAUUGGAUGGACAUACCCUUUUUAUUAUGCGCCGUCAUCGGGCGUGGGCGGUCUGUCGCGUCGCUCGGUGAACAGGGCGCGGCGCAUGGAAUGUAUGAAUGACGGGUCACGGAUCACGGUCACGGUUUACGGCGGGCGCAAGAUGGGAAGGGAGAGAAGAGGCGGAUGAUGACCAGGUGCUACUGGUGGUGGUCUUGUCCAUGUAUGAUUAUAUAGCCCAAAAGCGUGUGUAGUUUGAAUCGAGCAGGCGGCCCUUCUCCUUAGCAUGGUCGAGUUGUCCGCAGUGAUGUGUGAUGUAGGCGAGGGUGAGGUGAAGGGA